AUGGAAUAUGCAAAAGAAGCCAUCAGAAUUUCUACUAUAGCAGUGGAAUGUGAUUCCAAAGGUCAAAUCGAAGCUGCUAUCUAUUAUUAUAAAGAGGCUGCUACACUGUUAGGACUCGCUUGGAAAAUACGGAAAGAAGAUCCUUUAGGCGAUGAAUGGUGUACAAAAUCACACGAGUAUAGUAACAGAGCCGAAGAACUUGAAUACCAAAUUCAAAAUGAUGCUGCUAAAGAAUUAGAAAAUAUUAAUCAAGAUAAAAUCCAAUUAAAAAAAUGUAAAUAUUUACUUAAGCAAGCUUUAGACAUUGAUGAAUUAGGUAAAAGAGAUUUGGCUCUUAGUACUUAUAUGCAAGCCAUUGAUUUAGCAUUAAAAGUGAAAAAAGAAAUAUCUGAUGAAGAAGUAGUGAAGAAUUUAGCUUUAUUGAUAAAUAAAGCUUUAGACCGUGCUGAAAAAUUAAAACUGUUAAAUGAAAAAAAAUCCACAGUUAAUGAUAGUUCAGUAUCACAUAAAGUAUUUCAACAAAAUAGAAUACCAAAACGUUCAGAUGUGUCAUUAAGUAAUUUGUACACAGAAGCUGAAAAACGAGUUUUGUUAAUUACAUCUAAAAUAAAUAAUAAAGAAUAUGUUCCUUUUAUGGAUGUUGAUCUUUUAGAAAGGUUUCAGUUAUCAAUUCCAUUCACUGACAGUGACGGUUUAUUACCUUUAUCGCCAAAACAAAAAGAAAAUUUCAUUCAAUGGGUACGCCCUGAUCAGUUGUGUUCAGAUCCAAAAAUGGUUGUUGGAGAGUUUAUUGAUUUCAACACCAUUAAACAAACUAUAGUCACCGAUUGUUCAUUUGUAGCAUCGUUAGCUGUUUGUGCAGUGUACGAGAAAUCAUUUGAUAAAAGACUCGUAACAUCAAUAAUAUACCCUCAAAAAAAAAAUGGACAGCCUGUUUAUAAUCCUUUUGGUAAGUAUAUGGUCAAGCUACAUUUAAAUGGCAUUCAACGUAAGGUCAUAAUUGACGACCAGUUACCAGCAGGAAAAUAUAAAUCACUUCUCUGUUCGCAUUCAUCGAACAAAAACGAAUUUUGGGUAUCCCUUAUUGAGAAAGCCUACCUCAAAGUAAUGGGAGGUUAUGACUUCCCAGGAUCAAGCAGUUAUAUAGAUUUACAUGCACUAACAGGCUGGAUUCCUGAAAGAUGUCCAAUUAAUUUGGAUGACAAGAAAUUUAACGCUGAAUCUCUUUUUGAAUUAAUAUACACUAGAUUAUGUAAAGGUGAUGUUCUAAUUACAGUAGCAACUGGCUUUAUAUCGCCUAAUGAAGAAACGCGUACUGGUUUGGUUUCUACUCAUGCUUAUGCUGUUUUGGAAGUACAGAAAAUAAAUAAUGUAAAACUAUUAAAGUUAAAAAAUCCUUGGGCACAUGUCCGAUGGAAGGGACGUUUUUCUGAGUUAGAUGAAGAAAGUUGGACCUUUCAAUUAAGACAAUCAUUAAACUAUGAUCCAACAUCUGCCGUGUCAUUUGAUAAUGGAAUAUUUUGGAUUGAUUAUGCUUCAGUGUUACAUCAUUUUGAGGUGUUUUGUAUGAACUGGAAUCCUGGUUUAUUUCCGUAUACAUCAUGCAUACAUAAAACAUGGAAUACUGGGACAGGUCCAAUAUCCGACUUAUAUAAUAUAAGCGAAAAUCCUCAGUAUUGUUUGGAUGUGAAAAACGUUUCUAGUGGAGCCAUUUGGAUAUUGUUAACACGACACAUUACAGAGCUCCAAGAUUUUAAAGAAAAUCGAGAAUAUAUAACUGUAAUAGUGUUCAAAAAUGACGGAAAACGUGUUUAUUAUCCAAAUGAUCCUGAACCUUUUAUAUCAGGAACACGAAUCAAUAGCCCACAUUAUUUAUGCAAAAUUGUUCUUAAUGAACAAUUACCAUCUAAAUUUACCUUAGUGGUUUCCCAAUAUGAAAAAAUGAAUACAAUACAUUAUACGUUACGUGCCUAUGCCACGUGUCCUUUUACUAUGAACGAACUUGUCAAUUUAUACAAUCCUAUUUUUAAAAAGACUGUUAAUGGAGAAUGGAAAGGUAUAACUUCUGGCGGUUGUCGCAAUUAUAGCACAUAUAACAACAAUCCCAUAUUCAAACUCAACGUAGAUGGUCAGUCGGACACUGAAGUAUUGCAAAUCGAACUGAAAGCGCCAAAGCAGUAUCAAGUUGGUAUUGAGAUAUCUUGUGUUGGCUUAACUGACCAAAACGCCACAGCCAAGUUUAAAAUCAAAUCGUCAGGGAGUUAUAGAUCUGGCUAUGUGAUAAUGGAACUAACAGAAGUUCAAUCAGGAAGUUAUGAAAUAAUUCCAUCAACAUUUUUGCCUGGUAAUGAAGGCCCAUUUAUAAUGUCAGUAAACGCAUCAUGUUCCAUAAGCAUUAAUCAAAUACGGUAGAUAAAUAGUAUAUUAUAUCAUAAAAUACUUUAAAAUAAGCAAUUAAUCAAAAUAUAAUAUAUACAUUUCCAUUGUAUAAAAAUAAAUCUAAUCUAAACUAUUUGGUUUUUGUAUUGCUUUAAAAUGUUAUUGAAAAUUUUAUCAUUCUGUAUUGUAUUCUGUAUUCUGUAUUGUUUAAUUUAUUACUCCUCAUAAAUUAUGU